CCGCUAUUCAUAUAAAUUAGGUUAUUUACUUGUGUUAAAUGACUGAUCAAUUGUUACAGUUUGUGAGAUAAAUACGUCUAAUUUGUAUGUGUGAAUGAAAUCAACUCUAUAUAUAAUGUUACAACGUGUUCUUUGAAAACAAGGUGUCGAAGUCAUUAACAUGGAUUUUGGAAACCCACCUCCGAAUAUGGGUAUGCCUCCACCCGGCAUGGGUGGUCCCAUGGGUCCACCAGGCCGUAACAUUCGCCAUAAUUUUAGACCUUUCAACUAUCAAAUGCGAUUUCCACCCCAGGGUCCUCUGAAUAUGACUCAAGACGACUUCGAUGGGAAACGUUUACGUAAAUCUGUUAUGCGUAAAACCGUAGACUAUAAUUCAUCAAUUAUAAAAGCUUUAGAAUGUCGUGUUUGGCAGCGAGACUGGCGCGACAGAUACGCUUUGCAGCCGGACGCUAUGUACACCCCUGACUUGUUACCACCACCUUCAUAUCCAGAUAACCCUAUAAAUGCUGUUACCACUCGUUUUGUUAAGACUGCUACUAAUAAGAUGAGAUGCCCUAUUUUUGCUGUUGCCUGGACACCGGAAGGCCGCAGGUUAAUAACUGGAGCUUCAUCUGGAGAGUUCACUCUAUGGAAUGGAUUAACUUUUAAUUUUGAAACUAUUCUUCAAGCUCAUGAUUCCCCCGUGCGAUCGAUGGUAUGGUCUCAUGGCGAAGGUUGGAUGGUAACCGGAGAUCACUCUGGUUUCAUUAAGUAUUGGCAAAGUAACAUGAAUAAUGUAAAAAUGUAUCAAGCUCACAAGGAAGCAGUGAGGGGUAUUAGUUUUAGUCCCAGCGAUGCAAAGAUUGUCACUUGCUCAGAUGAUGGCACUUUACGGAUAUUUGACUUUUAUAGAUGUCAAGAAGAGAGAAUUUUGAGAGGGCAUGGUGCUGAUGUGAAAUGUGUACAGUGGCACCCGACCAAAGCUCUCAUUGUAUCUGGGAGUAAGGAUAACCAGCAGCCAAUAAAAUUAUGGGAUCCUAAGUCUGGAACAGCAUUAUCUACUUUACAUGCACACAAAUCUACUGUUAUGGACUUAAAAUGGAAUGAAAACGGCAAUUGGCUAAUAACUGCAUCCCGUGAUCAUUUAUUAAAGCUUUUUGAUAUUCGUAAGCUUGGUACUGAACUUCAGAUAUUUAGAGGUCACAAAAAAGAGGCUUCAAGUGUAGUGUGGCAUCCAACUCACGAGGGCUUAUUCUGCUCUGGCGGUUCUGAUGGAACCAUCUUGUUUUGGAAUGUUGGUACUGAUAAAGAAGUAGGAUGUAUAGAAGGUGCUCAUGAGUCUAUAGUUUGGACAAUGGCUUGGCACCCUCUGGGCCAUAUACUAUGCUCUGGAUCUAAUGAUCACACUUCUAAGUUUUGGACCCGUAAUCGUCCAGGUGAUCAGAUGAGAGACAAAUACAACCUUAAUACAUUGCCUCCGGGAGUUCAAGAGGACAAUGAGUUAGAGGAGCCAGCCGCUAUUCCUGGAAUGGGCCCAGAGGACAAAGUUGAAAUUUUCUCUACUGAUACUGAUAAAGCAAUUCCUGGCUUAGAUUUAGAUACCACAUUUCUACCAAUGGACUUUGAAAAGAAAGUUAAGAAAGUACCUUAUAGUAAGCCUAUACCGAGAAACUUCCAAGUUCAAUGGAAUCAUGGUCCAUCCUUGGAUGAUUCAGCAACAGAAGCAUUAACACAAGCUCUUGUGGAGUCUGUUCCGGGUGCAGUUCCACUACAACAACUGAGUCCUACUGCUAUUUUCAUUUAUGGGAAGCUUAUUUCUGUAGAGCCUGGAUCAAAACUUGAAAAAGCUAUAUCUGAAGGUCCAAUAGCACUGAGAAGAUAUAUAGCGAGUGGUGAGAUAGAGGAAUUAGAAGACAUGAUGCCUCAUUUAGAACAGGAUGCUGAUGAUGAUAAUUUCUUGCAACCGUUUGAGUAUCCUACUCAUGAAAAUAAUGAUAAUGAAAAUAGUGCACUUGAGGACAAUAAUGUUGACAAAAAUGAUUAUGAUAAAGAAGAUUAUUAUAACAAUGACAUGGAUAUUACUGAGCCAAAUCAAGAUGAUUAUAAUAAUUAUGAUAAUGGACCACCAGAUAUGAACAAUAUGAUGCCUAUGGGAAGUAUGCCUCCAAUGGGUUUCAUGGGACCUCCAAUGAAUAUGGGUCCACCGAUGGGCCCCCCCAUGCAUGGCAUGCAUAUGCCCCCUCAACACAUGCCACCGGGUAUGCCACCAGGCAAUAUGCCUCCAAUGGGUAAUAUGCCACCAAUAGGCGCUAUGCCUCCUAUUAACAAUAUGAACACAAGGCCUGUCUUCCCUGAUAACGGAUUUAACAAAGGACAUUAUGAAAGUGGUUAUGACAGUAACCAGUCAUUUUCUCAAGAAAAUGAUGAAUACAAUGAAGAGGAAUCAUUUGACCAGAGCUUUAAUGAAGAGGAAAAUAAUUUCAAUGAAGAGGAAAAUAACGAGGGCGAAAAUUAUGGACGAAAUCAAAGAUGGGGUGGUGGUUAUAGAGGCAGGGGUCAAGACAGAGGGCAAAAUAGAGGUAGAGGUCAAGAUCGGGGCAGAGGCCAGGACCGAGGCAGAAACCAGGACAGAGGAAGAGGCCAGGACCGAGGCAGAGGCCAAGAGCGAGGUAGAGGACGAGGAAUGAACGGCUUUGGUGGACGCAAUAUGCGUAGAGGUGGCAACCAACGCGGUUCGACUUGGAAUCGACGUGGUAGUGGCGCCAGUCGAAUGUUCAGAAGAGGCAGUAAACAAACCAAUUAGAAAAUGGUAGGAUUAGGUUUUAAAAUGCAUGCUUCAAAGACAAUGACUAAUGAAUGAAAUAUGAGUGUAAGUGCAGCAAGAUAAGUGAUGAUGAGAAUUAUAAGAAGGUUGUAAAUAAUUUUCGAUUA